GUUCGAGUCGCAAAGAAUGGAAGGCCGAGCACCACCCGCGACGGCUGGUUGCGUUCGAUGGCGUUGACCUGUCCCACGGCAACUGGAAUCGCAACCCACUUCAAGAGCCUCACUUUUCCAUUCACCUCGAAUACGACACUUACUACUGCGCAAUAAGAUGCUUGGCUCGUACAACCACCUCCUCCACAACGCGCACUCCAAGGCGGUGGGCGACAUCACCAAGCAGCAAGGACCCACUAAGCGACGUAUCUCCCGCACCGGCACGGUCGACUCGAACGCGUCGUCGGUCGGCACGGCCACGAGCAGCUCGAGCGACGACAGCAUGAAGCUUCCCAAGUACCGCCCUGCGUUCCGGUACAACCUCAGCGUCAUCGUCACCGACCUCCGAAAAAGCGUCGAGCAGCCAACGGCGCGCCGCCCCCAUCACGGCCAUCAGCGCGUCUAAGUGUGCGCCGUAUCUAGCUCCGUGUCUCAGUGUGAUGCCGUCUGCAAUUUAUAUCAUAAUUUAUCCAAGUGUUGUUCGGUA